UUUUGAUCCUGUUCCGGGCCCACGCGCAUCCCUCGUCUGAAAAGGCGAGCCAUAUGUUUCAAGUGUCGCCCCGCGAUAGUUCCUUGAAGAGAAAUGUCCUGCUGGGCUUGUGGCUUCUUAGCGCCGCCGUUGCUGUAAACGCUGCAAAUGCCGCUCUCGAGGAAUGUGGAGAGGCGAGUCUCCUUCAAAGCUUACCCACGGAGCCGUUGAGCAUGAAGGAAGAUCUUGCCAGUCCGAACCGUACAAACUGGCUGGACAGCAUCAUUGCAAGGGAAAGGAACGAGGAAGUCAUGGCAGUCAAAGGCAAAAACUUUCGGGACGAUGCGAUGAGUAUUGCAGGUAUCGGCGUAGCAGCAUCAACCCUAAACUUGGCUGACGUGGUCUGGAUGCUUCCCUUCCUGGUGGGCACUGCUGGAGUUUGCAGCGCGGCCUUCUUCGCCAUCAUCUCGCAGCUUUGGGCGACCCUGGUGGUGUGCCUCUACAUUGGCGGCGGACUGGAAGAAUGGAGCAACAAUCGCUACGUUGACUAUAUGAUAGGCGUGAUCGCACUGGCAUUCGCAUUGAUGCAACUUAUGCAGGAGAAUUGCCACUGUGUCAAAGAUCGCGAUGUCAAUGAUGACGAGAGCAACAAGCACCCUGCGGAGCGGUUCAGCCUAGGUGCCUUUGCCCUUUUGACGGUUGUGGCGACCUUUGACCAAGUCUUAGUCUAUGUUCCGUUGCUGAAACGUGAAGGUGUGACCUGCGCUGACCUAGAGGUUGGUAUUCUAUUGGCGACUUUGGUGACCUUCCUGAUCUGCUACAUUGCCACAAAGAUCCCUGGCGUUCUGAACAUCUUGAAGGAGAUCCCAAUCUGGCUGCCGGCCCUGUUCGUUGGCGUGGCGUCCAUUUGCGAAGGACUUCUAGGAUUCUAGGGAUGACUCCCAGUGGACCCGUGAUGGGUUGAGCGCAGCCCAAUUGCCCAAGGUGAAGCCUAAACUGGUGGAACCUGGAUUUUGCCGCUGGUCUUGUCACAGGAAGCAGUUUUUUCAAAACGUUUAUCCUUGCCAGGUGCAAAGUGUGCUUGAUUUGUAAAAUGCAAAAAAAUGGAGCCUAAAACCCUUGACCAUUGACGAGUUGAACUGCAUGCUGUGUGGA